AUGUUAACUUAAGUUAAAAUAACAAAUAGAAACCCAAAAGCUAUAAAAACCAAGAGAGAUAAGGAUUAAGGAGGAAACAAAAAUGUCCUAUUAUAGUAAACCUGUCAUCAUCCUGUCAAUUCAAAUUCUGAAAUCUUCAUCUCUGAUCAUGAAUCAUUUACUUCAAGUAACGAUGAACCCAAUAGUAUGCAUUUAUGUCAUUUUUAGAAGUGUGUGAUAUAACUGAAAAUGCAGAUAACGUUUAUUCGCAAUAAUUUCUGAUGCAUAAAGAUAACCAAGCAAACAACAGCCUUAAACCACAGAAGAUGAAAUAAAUACGCUAUUCAGUUAAGAAAGAUAAGGAAAUAAAACAAAGAAGGUCUAAAAAUAGAAUUAAGACAUUUUCUAAAGAAGAAGAUCAACGAUUGCUCAACUAUAUACUUAAGAAAGGACCCAAGUUCCAUAAGUUCUCCAGAUAUUUCCCUGGAAAAACAUCAAACAUGUUAAAAAAUAGAUAUUACAAAUAACUAAGAUUUGUUUGGGAUCAUACUUUGGAAAAGUACAAUUUUUACAUAUUUAAGACAAUACCAUCCUGUGAAUUGCAUUCCAAGGGAUCAACCUCGAAAAACAGAAAAAGAACCCGAUUAGCUAAACAUAGAAACUAUAGAAGAACUUUAAUUGUUUCCAGAAGCAGAAUGCGUACUGUCAAAAUUUUUAGGUUGUUUAUCUACAACAUUUAUUAAUAUUCAUACACAGCUUCUAUGA